ACAGUUGAAAAAAGCUUAGUAUCAGCUGGAGCAGAUAGAUUAUAAAAUGAUAUUAAAACAAACUGAAAUGCAUUAAGGAACGAUAUUUAAAAGAAUUCGAUAAAAGCCGUCGCUUUGUUUUUUUUUUAUGAAAUAGGCUACAUCUUCUAGAACGUCUUUAUUCGUAUUUAUAUAUUUAAUUCGUCUUUCAAACAAAAAUAAAGACAAUAACAACUGUAGCCUAUUUUUAAAAAUCAAGAGAAAACCAUUGUUUCCUGAUAUUUAACAACAUGAAAAGGUAUAACUUUUUACUGUGCUUAACGGUACUUAUUUCUCUGGGACUGUCCGGAAGCGAUGAGCCGAACCUCUUUCUAGCCCCACUGAGCGAGAUGUCCUCUGAUAUUGGAGUUUCUCUCUUUGACGUGGAUGAUGUGGAGUCUUCUGAGUGUUCAGCGUGCGUGUGGAGAGAACAGAGUAAAGUCUUGCGACUGGAAACAAUUAAAUCACAAAUACUUAGCAAACUGCGCUUAAAACAAGCACCCAACAUCAGCAGAGAGGUGGUUAAUCAGCUUCUUCCCAAAGCACCUCCGCUGCAGCAGCUGUUGGACCAUCAUGACUUCCAAGGGGACGCAUCUUCCUUAGAGGAUUUCAUAGACGCCGAUGAGUAUCACGCCACCACCGAGUCCGUCAUCACAAUGGCUUCAGAGCCUGAACCUCUGGUGCAGGUGGAUGGGAAACCGACCUGUUGUUUCUUCAAGUUUAGUCCAAAACUGAUGUUUACCAAGGUCCUGAAGGCGCAGCUUUGGGUUUAUCUGCAGCCACUAAAACAAACGUCCACUGUUUACCUGCAGAUCCUGCGUCUUAAACCUAUCACUGAGCAGGGAAGCCGACAUAUACGUAUCCGAUCACUCAAGAUUGAGCUUGAUUCUCAAGCAGGUCACUGGCAGAGCAUUGACUUCAAACAUGUGUUGCAGAACUGGUUCAAGCAGCCACAUACAAACUGGGGUAUUGAUAUAAAUGCCUAUGAUGAAAGUGGCAAUGACCUGGCUGUCACAUCUUUGGGGCCUGGAGAGGAGGGACUGCAGCCGUUCCUGGAGGUCAAGAUUCUUGAAACAACCAAGCGCUCACGGAGGAAUCUGGGUCUUGACUGUGAUGAGCACUCCACAGAAUCUCGCUGUUGUCGCUAUCCACUUACAGUGGACUUUGAAGCUUUUGGCUGGGACUGGAUCAUUGCACCUAAACGUUACAAGGCAAACUAUUGCUCAGGGCAGUGUGAGUACAUGUUUAUGCAAAAGUACCCACAUACCCAUCUGGUGCAGCAUGCAAAUCCUAGAGGGUCUGCAGGGCCAUGCUGCACCCCAACAAAGAUGUCACCGAUAAACAUGCUUUACUUCAAUGACAAACAGCAAAUAAUCCAUGGCAAAAUCCCAGGAAUGGUGGUGGACCGUUGUGGCUGUUCAUAGAGUUUUGCAUUUUGGUAGAGAUAAAUAAGCUAAGUAAUGGAGGGGGGAGAGUGUCAGGGCUUAAUUCAAGAAUGCAAGUCUCUACAUUUUCCUUAUAUUGUUUCUUAAAUUCCUUUGAAUGAAUUUGCUGUACAGAAAGAAAAAAAAAUGUGUAGCUUUUUUUAAUAAUCACAGUAAAAAGUCUUUACAUCAAAGACAAAAGCUAAUUUCUCUUUAUUAUUUAAAUUUAUAUUAUAUCUACCAACAAUGUUUUUUAUUGUGUUGGGUCACUCUCAAAAAAA